GCAACUACAGACAGGAGCGUCAUGAACAUCAUCGGUAACAACGACGGAAUCCAUCCGAUCCUUCGAAGGCGCAAUUGGAAAGACACUUCAGAUGCCGAGUAUGAACACCUUAAGCCCGUAUUGAGAAUUGCAACAGAGAUGAUGGCCAUGGACGGGUUCUUGGACCUGUGGACCGCAUUAGGGCAGCCCUUGCAACGUCUUCCUCAGAAUGCUAUGCUCCUCAGGCAAAAAGCGGAACAUCGGGUGUACUACACAGGCAGGACUACGCCCGGACAGAGAGGCCGGACGCAACAGGAGAUGCUAGGGUUAUGCAACUAUGUGACUUUUAGUUGGGAGCAUGACGACAAUCUGGCUGCAGUGACUACGCCAGAUGUCAACAAAAGGGGGCUUCGUCCAGGGAAUUCUCGGUAA